GUUAUGUGCACUGCACAUAACUGCAAUUGUGAAAGGGCAAUGUGGCAUGUGUGUUUGCUUGUUCACUCAUAAACAGCCUCUGAACUAACAUAAGUAGAAGAGAACUCAUUUCAUGUCUUCCCCCUCUCUUUACCCUACUUUUAUAUAACAUUAAAAACAAGGACCACUAGUGCCAAGAGAAGAAACCUAAAAUCAGUUUUUGGCCACCCCUCAGUGAGCAAUAUUGUCAGUCUGGGCACCCCAAUUAUAUGUUCUGGGUCCGCCACUGGUGGUCCUUGACCCCAAACCACCCAGAGCCCUCUACUGAAAGACCUCAUCCUCCAGCGAAGUCACAGUCGCUGUGUGUUGGUAUUUAUGCCAGACUGCAGGCUCACCGAAACCCCCUCCGCGGCGCAGCUUAUCGGACCGAACCAUUACCGCAGUUUAGGUUUGAGCACCUGUCACAUGACGCUUUAUAUUUCCACACAGCUGAAAAUCAUCGCGGCAAGUGCGUGCACUUGGACACAGCGUGGACGUGGAUCGGACGCUCCCCUCUGGCGAACGCUCCCAGAGUACAGCUCUCUGUGAGAAGGGCUGCCAAACUGCACCGACACCCCUAUUGUGCAACUGGCAGCAUCACCCACUGCCUGCAAUGGCGUUGAAGCGGGUUCAGUGUGUCUAAGCGUUUCUAUAGUGGUGAUUCCGUCCUGGACUACUCACAAGCGAGGGAGAGUAAUGUUAUGUUGGGAAGCUUUUCCAGCGAGAUCUUCCAUUUUUCCCCUCACGUUUCCCCUCUGGAUUACAUUUCUUGCCUGUAAAUCCUCCAACGAAGCUGGAUCACUGAAUGUGUGACUAAGCUUGAAGCACUGGAAUAGGCCCAAAUAGACUUCGGACUCUAAUGAGGUCACAGCAAUGCUGACAUUGCCUCUAAAUCCAAAGACAUCAUCAUGCUGAAGACGGAGGCUUCAGGGGAGAGGACCAGCCUCCGCAGUGCCUCCCCCCACCGUAAUGCCUACCGUGCUGAGUUUCAGGCACUCAAGAGGGCCUUUGAUCAGCCUCGGGUUGAUGGAGACUCGAAACCCAAAGACCUCGAGCGGGUGAAACAACCGAGGGGUCGCCAGUAUGGUGCUCAUGUCAGUCGCAUUAAGGACAUGUUCAUGCAGAUGGGCUCAGAAACAACAACCAAUAAAGCCAGGGGUCGUGAUGAAUCCUCGCCCCAAAAGCUGGUGAAGCCCACCAACUUCAUCAACAAAGCUGAUGGAUCAGUCAUCAAACUUCAACAUUCUUCAUCUGCUGAGAGAGUUGGGGGUGCAGGGGCAAAGUUUUCAGAAACUAGAAAACUAUUUGAACAACAGUCACGUGACCAAUCCCAGUCACCGGUAUUUCCCUAUGGACGUGAGAAAAGGGGCUCUUAUGAGCACCUUGACGACUGGAGAGGAGCUAGGUCCAACAGAGGCAGCACAGAUUCCCUGGACUCUCUGUGCUCCAGAACUGAGGCAUCAUCACCAACUGUUAGUCAGCUCAGUGCUGUUUUUGAAAAUGCUGACCAACACAAUCAGGAGGGGUCCUAUAGAGGCGCCAGUAGGCGAGCCGUCUACUCACCCGAUGGAUCAUACCGCCAAGGAGGGGAUCUCAACGAGGAUGAUUCACGACAAUCUCCGAUUCGUGGAAACUACCGGAACAAGAUAGGGGGCAAGCUUCCUGUGUCUUCAUCAACUGAGGACCUCCUAAACCCCAGUCCUGGAGCAGAUACUUCGGAAGCCAAAAGAGAGAGUUCACAAGAUAAAGAGACCCAGGAAAAAACUGGGGAAGCUUCUAGAAGAGACAGGCGAAAUAUGUACAGUGCCACCACCAAUGGAAGCCAAGUAAAUGGCUCUUGGGAAGAAGAGGACAAACCCUCAGACUCACUGACACUUAUUGAGGACCAAGAAGUCACCAAAGAUUCAAAAUCUACGCGUGAUGCUGUAAAUACCAACAAAGGUAUUGAAGAUGUUACUCAUGAGCCACGUCCCACCACUACCCUACACACUGAAGAAAGCAAAGAUGACAUGGAUGCUUUAAAGCAGGAAACAUCCUCUGAACCUCCCAAGGACCAAAUUGAAGAACCUGAGGAGGAAUAUGCAGGAAAUGAGCAGGUCAUUUUUAAUGCAGAUGGAGACGCCUGUUACCAGGGUUGGGGGGAGAGCUGCACGGAUCCCGAUGAUGACCUGUAUGGCGAUGACGAGGAUAUUGUCUACGACCCCGGCUCCGAUGUGACAGAGAUCCCUGGUCUGGCAGAAGAAAACAAGGAGGACAUCCCACCAAAGAGGAAGAUUCGCUUCAGCACUUCUCCCAUUACAUGCCACCCAAUCCUCCCUGGGGCAUGCAUUUUUAAUCAUCCAGGAAAGAUGAGAUGCACCUUGUGCUUUUUUGCAGCUGGUCAGGUGUUCAACACCUACUCCAACGAGGACUAUGACCGCCGUAACGAGGAAGUGGAUCCUGUGGCCUCCUCGGCGGAGUAUGAGCUGGAGAAGAGGGUGGAGAAACUAGAACUCUUCCCUGUGGAACUGGAGAAAGAUGAAGACGGCCUUGGGAUCAGUAUCAUUGGGAUGGGUGUUGGUGCUGAUGCUGGCUUGGAGAAACUGGGAAUCUUUGUAAAGACUGUCAUCGAGGGUGGAGCUGCUGAGAGAGACGGCAGGAUUAUGGUGAAUGACCAGAUUGUGGAAGUGGAUGGGACCAGUCUGGUGGGUGUGACCCAGAGCUUUGCUGCUUCAGUCCUGAGGAACACAUCAGGAGUGGUUCGCUUUGUGAUUGGCCGAGAGCGCCCAGGUCAGCAGAGCGAGGUGGCCACGCUCAUCCAGCAGACCCUGGAGCAGGAGAGGAGGCAGAGAGAACUUCUGGAGCAGCAGUACGCCCACUAUGACGCUGAUGACGACGAGCGGACAGGGGAGUAUGCCACAGAUGACGAGGAAACGGGAACAACGGCGGAUGGCGAGAAGAGCAUAGAGGUGUUUGAUCUGCCCGAGACUGAAGACAUCUUGUCUCCUUCAGAGUUAGAUGCCACUAAACUCUACCAGAAGUUCAGAGAGCUCCAGAUCAAGCACACAGUGACCGAGGCCGAGAUCCAGAAGCUCAAAAACAAGUUGGCAUCAGUUGAGAAGGAGAAGCAGCGCUGGGAGAAGGAGAAGAGCCAGCUGAAGGCCAGCAUAGAGGAGAACAAGGAGAGGAUGUUGAAGCUGGAGAGCUACUGGAUCGAGGCGCAGACCCUCUGCCACACCGUCAACGAGCAUCUGAAGGAGGCCCAGGCCCAGUACCAGGUUCUGGAGAAGAAAUACAACAAGGCCAAGAAACUCAUUAAGGACUUCCAGCAGAAAGAGGUGGAGUUCAUCCAGAAGGAGGAUGCAGAGAGGAGGCGGCUGGAAGAGGCUGAGAAAGCUCAUCUGGCUGAGAUCCAGGGACUGCAAGUUAGGAUUGCAGCAUUGGAGUCCGAGUUAAUGCAGCUGAUGAAGCAGAAUGGCAUCCAGGUCAACAACAACAACAGCAACAGUUCUGAGAGGCUCAGCGCUCAGCAGAACAUCCCAAGCAGAGCUGCAGCUCAACCUAGAGAAGUUAAGGAGGGAUCCCCUCGCUCGUCCAGCAUUAAGACCGACUGCGCAGGAGACAGCAUCAGUUUUCCAGAGGGACAGGCACAUGGAAGCCCAGCCCACAGUUGCUCUGGAUCGGUUUGCAGUGAUUGGGCCCCUGGCAGUGCAGAGGGCUCCCCCAGAAAAACACGUCAUGGCUCUCAGGCAGUUGCAAGGUCAAGCCCAUCUCAUGGCCUGGAGGAACACAGAAAGGCUCUAGAAUCUGGUUCUACACAGCCGCCAGAUGGCAGCGCAGAGACACCAAAGGCUAAGGCACCAACCCUGGGCGAAGACCUGAGCGCCAGCAGCAGCAGCAGCUCAGUGGAGAUCAGUGGUCUGCUCGGCACAGCCAAGAUGUCAGGACGCUCCAACACCCCGGUGCUGUCCUCAGACGAGAGUCUGGAUAUGAUAGGUGAUGAGAUCUUAGACGAAGUACAGUCUUUGAAGCAGCAUCAGUGGCAGCACCGCAGCAUUACGGAGUGGACGUCACAGCAAGUGGCACGUUGGCUCACAGGCCUCAAUUUAGAUCAGCAUAUCCCAGAAUUCACUGCCAAAAACAUAGAUGGGGAGCAGCUGCUGCAGUUGGAUGGUGAUAAACUCAAGACCCUCGGUGUCACUUCUUCCCAGGACCGUUCGCUGAUCAAGAAAAAGAUCAAAGACCUUAAAGUUCUAAUGGAGAAGGCCAGGCGCAACCAGGAGAAAGUGGAGAAAAAACGCGAGAAGCUGCGGAAGAGAGAGCUGGAGCAGCAGCAGAAGAAGGAUGCAUGCAAAGAAAGUUCCACAGAGUGAAAAGAACCAUACCUCCUGUUGUUGUCCUACUGUAGCGCCACGUGGAGUAGCAUCCCAUGGAGCAAAAGGUCAGCAGGUCCCUUGCUGAAACCCAGAGGGACGUCUGCUCUGUAGUUCUCAACAUUGGAGCUCCACAGCUGACCGUCAGAAGGGGCUGAGUGACCCAUUGACUCGACAAACCAAAACAAGCUUUUGGUUGAUGGAAUCCUGCCCUUCAUUUUCCCUGUUUUUUCCCCACCCUGUAAUUUGACACUUUUUGAGAAGUUACUGAGUUCUAUUUAUUUUGCUGUUUAUAGCUGUAAAAUGGGUUUAUUUAUUCAUAUCAAGAGUAAGUGUGUGAUGAAGUUCAUCUCAUCCUCAUCCCAUCACAGAUGAAAACCCAUGCUCAUGUACAGUGAUAAAUACAGAUCCAAAUAAGUGAAAUGUGCCAUUUCAAUAGACCUAUGUAAAUCUAAAUCUGCGGUUGUAGUAAAGCAGGUCAGGUCUGUGAGAUAGAUCUGUGAGGCCAUGGUCAUCUCCCACAACUGGGUGUCUCUAUGCUGCUUAUGUUCUUCAAAAAAGGACGCAAAUUAGGGAGGAAGAUCUGUUGGAGAACACUGGAAGUGCAAACACUGUAAAUGUUAACAUUAUACAUCAAAAAGCAGCUAUCAGACUAUGACUCACAAAAGAUGUACUGUAUUCACUGGACUGGGUUUGUAAGUGAUUUCCAAGUUCUGUGCAAGCAGUGAAUUUGUAACCCAAUCUAAUCCUCAAGAAGCUUAUUUACUGCUUAAAUGCAUAACAUUGCUCUGACUUCACUAAUAACCUGCUUUUGACCUCUUUUUGUAAGUCGGUAAUAAGGUUAAACCCCACUGUUGCCUUUAGACAUGCUAGAGUAGUUGAAUACUUCCUGAAUUCCACCUGCUUCUGUGUGCGUGUCGAAACAAAUGCUAAGCUAAUUCACUUAUAUUCUUUAUUGUUGUGCUUUUUGAUGAUUCACAUGCAAAUAUCAUGCUUGACACUGUAUUGUUACACUGGAAAUCUGCAUCAAUUAGAGAUGUACCGAUAAUACUUUUUGGGCCAAUUUCUGAUAGACUGAUACCGAUUUUAGCUCUUUUUAAUUUUUAAAAUAUAAGAACAGCAUAAAAAAGUUUUUAAAGCUUUGCUGCUGUUAGUGGUCAUUAAGGUUGUACUAAUAUUUUAAAACAGGGACAAGAUGGUUACAGAGUUAACAUUUUAAACGCUCCUUGGUGUAAUUUUUAAGUGAUUAGCACGACUAGCAUUACUAGCAUUACAAAAAUAGCAGUGUCCUUGUGAAGUCUUAUCAAGAUGUACAAAAACACUUUUCCAAAUUCAUAAAUGUUCUAUUACAGACAUGGAUUGAAAGCUUAAAAGGAUAACACAGAGCAGCUUUGCAGUACGCUCAGCCUUCCUGUUACCUGCUGAAAGUUUUGCUCUCUCUCACUCUCUCGUUUCUUGAACAAACUGUAGAUUUAUCUCGACAUGUGGUAGAAAAUAUCCUUUCCAGAAUUUCUUCAGGAUCUUAAAAAUGAUUUUCAUUUAACAAGAUUUUACUUGAAUAUACGGAUUUCAGUGGUUGAAUAAAACCCAUCAAUAAUAGGUGGUAAGAAGCGUACUAUAUUUUGAAGCUCUUAAAGGUAGAUAACCUAUUGGUGAUAAACGACCGUAGCCACAUGUCAGAGCUAAAAACACCAAAUUUAGUAGCUUAAGAUAUAUUAAACUUACCAAAAUUUUUAAAUAAGUAAAAUCUAACUUUUUGGGUAAGUUAAGUUGACUUACUUACAGUUUCGUUGUAUAGUUCAUACAGGUCCAAAACUGAAUCCAUAAUGGUCUUAAAAUUAUCCUAAAAGUCAUGAAUUUACCUUCUUGAAACUUGCAAAAGGAAAUCUUUACUCAGAUUCCACAUCGCAGAGUGUUGCUGUUAUCGCAAACUGAUAGCACUUGAAUAUGAUGCAUUCACCGACUGGAAAAGGAUCUGAUUUUCGAGUUUCCGACUGGCCAGAAAGCGUUUCUGGCUGAUCAAGCUGAAAAUUGUCUGAUUCCGGUCACUAGAUGAUCUCUCGGUUCAUCUCUAGCAUUAAUGUCUUAUCCAAUUCAGUAACUGAUACCGCUAAGACCUAAAGCAUUAUUUGUUAGAUUGCUUUGAAGUUUUUUGAGCUAAUGUUUUUUAAUAUUAUGAAAGCCUGUUUCUCAUCCCCAAGAGAAAACUUUGAAGGAUGCACACCACACGAUUGGAGUAAGCCCAUUCUGUUCUAGAAACCUUAUUGAUUUGCUGCUAACAGGUUUGGAACAGGCAUUACCACAUCACCAAUCACUAUUAUUUAUCUGUUCAUAUAUUUUACUAAGUAUAUAUAUAUAUUUGUUGUUUUUUUAACUUAUAAAAAUAAAGAGUUUUAUUAACAAAAUAGUGAUGUAUCCAGAGUUGUACAACUACCAAAUCAUGACUGAAUCCUCCCAUUAAAACUGAAUCAGAAGGAAAAAUGGCAAGUUUAUCCAAAGAGAGAAGGAAACACAGCAGUAAUUUCCUGUUGUGCUCUCUCCCAACCACAAUGCUGCUCCAGUGCUACUGCAAACAGUUUAUUCUUAUGUAAUAUUUUGUAACCCUCUGUGAAUAUCCAGCAAACUGGACUCUUUUGACCCUAUUUGUACAGGUAAACACGAAAAGCAAUAUGGUGUGAGAAUCCUGCAGAAGCCUUGUUUUAUAUUGUGUCAGAAUGUUUGCGCAGUUCAUUAGAGGCUUGAGGAGACCUGAGCUACCAACGUGACGCCGCGGUGAAUCUUUUCUAUGUCUUUGACUGAGCUUCCCUGGGCUGACUUAUCCCAUGUAUGGAUGAGACCCUGGUGGACCUGGCAGGCAAAGAGAUACAGAUAGUUUGAUUUAAAUCUUGAAGCGUUUGUCUUUUAUGUACAUUGAGAAUGAAAGAAAUUUGCCACCAACAAUAAGUAAUGCUUUUACCCUUUUGAAGUUCCCCCCUUCUGUCUUUACCUUUAUGUUUUUUAGCAUUCUGCAGAGUUUGAAAGGUCAGCAACCCGUCACGCUAAAUAAAAUGUGCAGUCAUUGUCCA